CCGGAUGCAGGUUCCCGUAGUUGGGUUGGCAGUGUGGGCGUCACGUGUCGGUGUGGACUGGGUCGCCCCUGGGAAAGCCCUCGAGUGUUUCUUGCGGGGGCGCCGGGGUGUGUGUGUGUCUUGGUCGAUGUAGCGACUCUGUCCCGGGAGUUGGGGCUGCCUGGUCCUAGUGCACGGCGGACGCGUGCCCCUGGCCCCGGCGGUGCUGCGCUUGGAGUCCGAGGCCCAGCUGAGAGCAGCCUGGCUCUGCCGGGCGCCGAUGGCCGCACGCUCCCUGGGAAAGGCCUUCGUCGCGGUGUCUCUGUCAGUGACGCUGGCCUCGGUGGCAGUCGGGUCCUCCGGCUGCCGCAGCAUCCCGGCGCGCAGCGAUAGAGUCUGUUUAAACCGUUGAGUUUCCCUGGCUGGGCUCGAAGUUUGGAUGAGAUGACAGACGCGCACCACAACCCCCAGCUUCAGGACCUGUCCUGACUCCUGAUUUUGAAAUUUGCCGUCCUCUAAACUCAUUUUCUUCUCGGUGGUUUCAUCUAAACUCUAAUAUCAUGUCCAGUUCUAAUGGUGCCAAAGAGAAUUCUCACAACAAGGCUCGGACAUCACCUUACCCAGGUUCCAAAGUUCAGCGAAGCCAGGUUCCCAAUGAGAAAGUGGGCUGGCUGGUGGAGUGGCAGGACUACAACCCUGUGGAGUAUACCGCCCUCUCUGUCUUGGCUGGACCCAGGUGGGCGGAUCCCCAGAUCAGUGAAAGUAACUUCUCUCCGAAGUUUAAUGAAAAGGAUGGACAUGUGGAGAGAAAGAGCCAGAAUGGCCUGUAUGAAAUCGAAAAUGGACGGCCCAGAAAUCCUGCAGGACGAACAGGCCUGGUUGGCCGGGGGCUUCUGGGGAGAUGGGGCCCAAAUCAUGCUGCGGAUCCCAUUAUAACCAGGUGGAAAAGGGACAGCAGUGGAAAUAAAAUCACCCACCCUGUUUCUGGGAAAUGCAUCUUACAGUUUGUUGCAAUAAAAAGGAAAGACUGUGGAGAGUGGGCGAUCCCAGGGGGGAUGGUGGAUCCAGGAGAAAAGAUUAGUGCCACCCUGAAAAGAGAAUUUGGUGAGGAAGCUCUCAACUCCUUACAGAAGUCCAGUGCAGAAAAGAGAGAACUGGAGGAACAGUUACACAAACUCUUCAGCCAAGAGCAUCUAGUGAUAUAUAAGGGAUAUGUCGAUGACCCUCGCAACACUGACAAUGCAUGGAUGGAGACAGAAGCUGUGAAUUACCACGAUGAGACAGGUGAGAUCAUGGACAACCUUGCCCUGGAAGCUGGGGACGAUGCUGGGAAGGUGAAGUGGGUGGACAUCAGCGACAAGCUGAAGCUGUAUGCCAGCCAUGCACAGUUCAUCUACCUGGUGGCAGAGAAGCGGGACGCGCACUGGUGCGAGGACUCGGCCACCGACUGCCAUGGCCCCUAGGCUGGUGCCAGGGCCCAGAAGCCAUCAAGGUGUAGGUCCUGAGCGGGAGGGGGAGUCCUGGAGCUGGUGUGGGGACCGCGCAGGCAAGGACCGGAAGUCACUUUAUUCAUGUGCAAGGUUCAGAAUGUCUACAUUUAGAAGGUUUGGGGUUAAAAUAAAAUGAGUAAAUGUGAUAAAAAUUUUCAUGUUUCUGGUCAAAAGGAUUUGAUAUAGUAAUAUUUUGUAUGUGUUCUAUUUAAGCAUGGCAUGGCCAGUACUGUUUGACAAAUUGUAACUCGAAUAAAAAUAAAUUCCUGGUUGGACAUAACUUCUGUUCUUUUUGUCCUAGUAAUCUGAAAAAAGUAAAAACUUCAUGUAUUCUUGACUUUGGAGUCAUCAGGUUCAUAAAUACAGUUAUUCUUUUAGCCAGUAAGGUCAAGGCCAGUGAAUAAGAGUUCAUAUUCUCAUUUUCAGAAAUCCUGAACUUAAUCUGUCCAGGGAGUUAGCACCUGUGGAAUUUUUUUUUUGUACUGGAGUUUGGGGAUUGAUCUCAGGACCCUGCGCUUGCCAGGCAGGUGCUUACGCCUCUGACUAUAUCCCCGGUCCAAAAUUUUAAUCUGUUACAACUGCUGUGCCACAAAUUGAUUAAAAAUGGAUGCAGAAUGGAAUCGAUGUCGGGCAGGGUCUGAGGAUGAUCCUGUGACAGUGUUUUGUUGUUUGUUUGUUUGUUGUUUUGUCUUUCUGAGACAAGGUCUCAUUAUAUAAUUCAGGCUGACCUUGAACUUAUUUUGUAGCCCAGGCUGAUCUCGAACUCACAGCAAUCCUCCUGGCUCAGCCUUUUGUGUGCUGAGAUUAUGCUGGCCAGUGUCCUUGUUAGGGAGUGCUAAUCUUGAAGUAAGUUUUUCAGAGAUGGGUAGUUAACAUUCUAAAUCAGGAAAUCAAAAGGUUAGUAUACAACGUCUGUCCCUUGGAAGUAAUGAAGAGAAAAGAAAAGUAACACUGCAUUGUCCCUGUAGACCCGUGUAUUACUUCCAGGCCAAAGAGCCAUUGGGAAGUCCCGUGAUACCGACUCCUGUCGCCCUGUGUGGGAACGGUCCUGCUGCUUUCCUCGUUUAGAUGGAAUACAGAUGGAACCUCCAAAGGGAGGAGGCUGGAGAGGGCAGCGUGGUAGUUUCCUUCAGGUGUUUGAGAAAGGGCUUAGGUUUACCCGUGUAGCUUGAGAACAGAACUAGGUAAAGGCAAAACAAAGGUUUUGUUUUUAUUGUUUUAUUUUUUAUUUGUAUUGACUUUUUGUUAGAACUUCGUUGUUAGUAACCCUGAACUGAACUGACAGGAGGCCUUUCCCCCUUAGGCCACCUUGCAGAUUGCUGAGAAACAUUUCCAUGUGUGAUUUUAGGAUGCUUUGAAUUUUUUGAAGAGGUAAUAAUUAUUAGACUGCACCAUUCCUGGUCCCUAGCCCGCGUCAGGAGGGACUUGCACUUGAUAAGAGAUGACCUUCCUUGGAGGGGAGGCUGCAGACCCAGCCCCAGCGUGAAGGAGCUGUGACUUACAGUCUUGGGCAGGAGGAAACUUCUCAUUCUGGUGUGGAACAAGACUCUGAUUUGGCACCACUUACAGAAGCUCUUAGGAAACUGUGAGCUACUUUAUGAAAGAUGGCAUUUGUUUGUGUUUAUUAGUUUUGAUAUAUUUAAACUGAAAGUAAUAAAGACUCUGGAUUAUGUUAAAGUUUUAUUUAAAGUACAACUAAAGCAAAUGACCAGUAUGUAAAUCACAAAUUCUUCAUUGUGUUUUAGAGUUUUCACUGGAACUUUUAUAGAGUCUGGAAAAUAAAACAUGCAUUUGUAGAUAAGCUAGAAGCAUAUAAUCUUCUGAGAACUGUAAAUGCUCAGCACCAUCUGUACAGGAAAAACCAAAUGAAAACAUUAGCUUAACACAUUCCUGGAGUUACAGCUAUUCCUAUAUCACCAGGUAAUGCUCUCUUCCUCUUUGCUGUUCCUAUGUCUUAGGUAUAAAGAAUAUUUUUCCUUUUCCUUUAGAGACAGGUAGUAAAAUAAUUAAUCAUAAUAGAUAACAUUUGGUGAAUAUUUGUGUAUCAGAAUUUUCACAGAAGUCCUGUGAACUGAGGUGGUAGUUACUCUCACUGAUGAAAAAAAAACAGGUAUUUUGAAAUGCUAAGUAGGGUUAUAUCCAGUAAGGAACCCAGCUUGGGUUUGAAUCUCUGUCUUCCUAGGUCUGGUGUCUGUUCCCCUGUGAGGUUAUGGAUCUUUUGUGGUCUGCUCCUUUCAGGGUGCAGCUGGGGAGCUUAUGUUCCAUGAACAGCAUUCAGAGAAACUGACCUGAGCUGUAAGGCCAAGCCUGAUUGAAUGGCACUGCUGAAACUGUUUGCAUGAUCCUGUGUUAAUCUUAGAAUAAAUGGUCACAAUCUGUGUUUGUCUUUCCUGAGCCUCCUAAAGCAUUUCAAGCACAAAAUGAUAUGUGCUUAAAGGCAUGAUUGCCUUAAAAGCAAUAUGUAGUGGCGUUUAAAAGAUUUGCACAUUUUACUAGCUGCAUAACUUAUGGCAUCAGAGUGACAGAAUUAUUUCCAUUAAAAUAGACAGUACAGAUUACAAUUACUGUAAGAAGACGUUUUCACUGUAUUUACUUCCUCAUCCCUACCCAUCUAUCCUGUUUUAUGGUUAUUGUACUGCUGAUGUGUUAAUAUGAGUGAUUGGUUAGGGGUGGAAAAUAAUGUAAUUCUGUUACACUUAAAUUCUGAUAAAUUGAAGCUUCAAAUGCCUUUUCUGAAGCAUGAAGCUUCAUUUUUCCCACAUGGCCUCUGAUGGCCUGAUGCAAGAAUCUGAGUGGUAGAGGCACCAGUGCUAUAGGGCAGUGAGGCUUGUUGGAAGGAAGCUGGUGGGUGAAAUACAGUUUCUCACAGUUGGGGUUGAAAAUGCUUUGAUUCAUCAGUUUCUCUCAUGGUGGAGUAAAAUAAACACAUAUCUUAUGUCAUUUUAAUUAUAUUUUGUUUUUUAAAACCUGUGCCUUUGUAGCCUCUGCAUUUUGUUAUCAUAUGUUUUAAAUGAAAGAAAACGAGUGAGAGUCAGAGACUCAGGAAGUUGCUUUGAGGUCUGCCGUUACUGGGUUGGUAACUUUACAGUGGGCUUUUUUCGUUGUUUAUUAUGAAUUGUCCAUGAAAUGGAGGUAAGCCUAGGUAGACUUUAGUGUUUGAAAUUUCUUAAACUAAUAGUGCUUAUGCUUCUGUAAACAUAAAUUCUGUGAGAUAACUAUGGAAUUCUGAAAAGAGUAUCUUUUAAGGUAUGCAGAAAUGUAAAUUUUAAGGUGUUAGAGGAAACUGAGUUUAUAACUCAUGAGAUCUAAUUGGAUAGAUCAAUUGAGUUGAUGUACCGUAAGCCUUUAUAGUUUAGAGGGGCUGUUCUUACCUUUCCUGACAUUGAUGUCACUUUGUCAAUAAAAUCAUAAAAAUAACGUCUUAUUCCAAUGAAGCCCUGGGGGGGAAAAAAAAAAUAGAGAUACUGUUUUCAGUUCAUCCAGUAAAUUUGUAGUUUUUUUCUGUUUUUUGUCCUAGGGAUCAAACUCAUGAUCUUGUGCUUGUCAGGCAGCCACUUACACCGCUGAGCUAAACCCCCAGUAAAUUUGUAGUUUAUAAUAGCAUACAAAUGAACAGAGACUUACCCUCAGUUGGUUCAAAACUCAUCUUUAAUUUAGUGCAUAAACUGAAAUAGUUUGUAUGUGAAAAUUUUUUUUGAAAAAUUACUUCCAUUCUGUUGUAUAGUGUUUUGUUUACAUGAUGUUAAGAUUUGAAAACAGAGAUGCAGCAUUUAGCUAUAAGUUCUUUUAGUCCACAGAAAUGCUUUCUUGUUUCGUGACAGUGCUAACAAUGUUAGGACAUUAGACAACGGAUUUGAAUAAACACCAGGGUGCACUUCACGGAAGGGCUGUGUUUCAACAGUGAUACCAGUUCCCCAUUGAGUGGCACUUGAAUCAGAAUCUCACUGCAGCUCUGAAUGCAUACUUCGUCUCAAGGGUUUGCUUGUGCAAGCUGAUUUACUGGAAAAAUACUGCUGUGUAGUUUCCACCUGGUUCUUCUGUUCAGAGCUCAGCAGCCUGCGCAAAAAAGAACCUGACCUACACUACCUAGUGGUGAGUGCUUUCACUUGGAGAACUGUGGGCCCUGGAAUGUAUGGAAGAAUGUUUAUGCUAAACAUUGUCUGACCUUGGCAGUUCUCAAGUGACAGCAGUGCUCCCUGGUAGUGCUGGUUCUUCUAGUGUGUCCUCUCCUGCGCUCUGCCUUAGCUAGGAGUGUCAAGAGGGAAAAACCCUUAUCACACGGAUGUGACAAACAGUUCAGUAAGUUGUUCUGUCAGGCUCUUUUUCCAGAAUAAGUUGUGGCCAACAGGGCUUUUAAAAGCCCUGGUAAUUUGAAUGAGGUAAAUGUCUUGGCAAACAUUUCCACCGGAAGGAAUCUCUGAGUUCACCAGGGUCACGCAGCUCAUGUAAUUGCACAGGUGAGGUUAGGGUCAUAAUUAGGGUCUAGGAUAAGAUUAGGAGCAUGCGCAAGUGUGCCUCAGCCAUGCUUGGAUGGAAAGACGAGUUAAUUUUUAGUGUGUAAUUACCCAUGGCAAUCAUUUGGGGCAGUCCUUCAGACAGCCUUGGUCAGAGGCGUGCCAGAGUUUUCUGAUGUGCCUUUUGGAAAUGACUGUAGUGCUGUUCACAGAGUGGGUUGGGGAAGAGCACCGGGCAUUUGACGCCAAGACUUGGGUCUUUUAUUUAGUUGGGCUCAGAGGCUGUCUGUUUGACUGCCAGUUUCCUGGUACGUCUAAAUGGUGCUCCAGAUAACAAAAGUCAUCAAAGAAUUCUGAAAAAUUGUAUGUUAGGAUUAAGGCCUAAUUUUCUUCCCAAAUGAUUAAGGCCUAAUUUUCUUCCCUCAUGUCCCUUAGCAUUCGGAGAUGCUGUUAGUAAUAAAAUAAAAUGUUCUAUUUCAUUAAUAGAAUUUUAAAAGAAAAAGAUCCUAGAUUGUCUGUAUUGUCCAUCAUGAGAUUCAUCCUGAUUUCAGAAAUGUCCAUGUGAAAAGCGUUCAGACAAAAGGGAUGGAAUUUUUUAGUGUUAUCUUUUAUAACUGUUCCAAGUAUUUCUCUUACAUUUUCAUAACUAAGAUUUGGAGUAAUUUCUUGUAUCAGUAAAUCACCUCAUUAUAAAGUUGAAUUGCGUGAUGUUAAAAACAUGUUAGAAUUUAGAUUUGAUAAUGUAUAAUGUGUUACAUAUUUAUGCUAAUUCAUUAGUAAAAAAAAAAUAGCCAAAUCUGUUUUGUCUUUCCUAAAGCCACUUGUUCUGCAAUCCUGAGUCUUCUGACCCCACUCUCUCUGAUCAAUAGAAGACAUUGUUUUGCUUUACAGUUUGGAGGAAUUGAAUAAAUGAAUAUAGAACUGUU